GGGAGCGAGGGAGAGUGAGAAAAAGAGAGAGAGAGAGAGUGAGUGAGAGAGGGACAGAUAGAGAAAGAGAAAGAGAGAGAGAGAGAGCGAGAGCAGUGAACACGUUCUGGUUUUGCUUUCAAACACUCGCUCUUUGCUGAAUCAGUGUGUUGCCGUGACAGUUGCCCCACACGUACACACACACCAGAAGACGAGUAGCGUGGCAACGAAGGAGACCCACCAACGGCUGAUUCUUUAACCCUGCGCCGUCGGACAGGAGCCGUCGUCCACUCAGGAGAAAGCAGCCAAGCUCUUGCUCCCUCUAGGCACCUGGACACCAGGCACUGCUCUGGGCCUGACCGCACUGCAGCCACCCCCUCCACACCUGCUCCGCGUUCUCAUUCUCAGGUAGCCCUUGUGUGUGUGUGUGUGUGUGCGACUCUCCACUGCUGCCAUGUCGGACGAGGAUUGCCGCUCGCCUAUUGGGCUGGACUGCUGCAGCUGCUGCGUGGACCUGGCCAACGGCUACCUCCCGGAGAGCCCCGGGCAAGGAGGCCUUGGCCGCCUGGGCAGCCCCACCUUCACCAACCACUUCAGGCAGCUCCGCGACCAGCUGAUCUUCCAGAACCUCAACACAGACAAGCUCAACAACAUCAUCAUGCGGCAGGACUCGCUGGAGUCGGUGGUGCGAGACCCCUGCUACCUGCUCAACGAGGGCAUCUGCAACAGCAACAUUGACCAGACCCUGCUGUCCAUCCUGCUCUUCUUCCACAGCAGUGAGACGCGGAAGAGCGGCCUCCGUCCCAUGAGGGGAGACGCCGAUGGAGACACAGGGACACGUGCUGACAUUGCCUCAGGUGCUAGCGUUGUGGCGAUUGACAACAAGAUUGAACAAGCAAUGGAUCUUGUAAAGAACCACUUGAUGUAUGCUGUUCGAGAGGAGGUAGAGAUCCUCAAAGAGCAGAUCAAAGAGCUGGCGGAGAAGAACAACCAGCUCGAGCGUGAGAACAGCCUACUGAAGAACCUGGCCAGCCCCGAGCAGCUGGAGAAGUUCCAGUCGCGGCUGCCCUCGGAGGCCCUGCUUCCCCUGGACAUCCAGGAUGGGAAUAACCCCGAGCCUAUGGGCCAGUACAGCACUGGCUCUGCUGUGUAAGUGGCUCUGCCUAGGGGCGGGCAGAGCCACUGCCUCACGCGAAAUGGACCUCCAGUUAUAUGGUCGUCACAACACGGAAGCUGGUUGUACAGAUGAAACGUGACCUGAAAGCCUAAAAAGACGAUGUUCCAGUCGGCAUAACCUGUUCUGUAAUAUCCGACAAUCUCUUCGGACUAAGGCAGAAAAGAGUUCUCUAGAUGCCUGCGGUUACAUCGGGACAUUAAGAGACCCUCCCCACACACCACCACCUCGCUCCCUAUUUUUGAAAUCCUUUGAAGGGGGUUUAUGUGUGUGUGUGUGUGUGUGUGUGUGUGUGUGUGGUCGGGGGUUUGCCCAGCUUUGCCUUUCUCCCUCUGUCUGGUGAAGACGAGUAGAGGGGGCUUGUGUGUGUGCCAGGGCUGGCCCAGUAAUCCAGAGAUCUGCGCCCGGUGCGGAUGCCGCCGCGACACCGUCCAUGGUCCUCGCCAAGCCAAGGACCCGGACGAACCUCCAGAGACGUCCCUCCCGUCUCCCCACAGCCCCACGUGGAGUUUUUUAUAUGUCCGGUCCUGAUGCAAGCAAGGUUUUUUUUGGGGGGGGGGGUUCCAGACUGACUGUCCACAACCUUCACAGUUUGUAAUGACAGAGUUUUGUUACUAAACUCAAGGACACCAAGAUGCUGUAGAUGAGUACCUGAGAGUCAAGCAGGAGCACUACUCCAAUCAGUGCCUCACUCAGCCGUUGUUUUUUUUUUUUUUUUUUUUAUCAUCAUAACCGUUUGCAAACAUUUGCUUGUAUUCUGUGCAGUUGGGGCUUGCUGCUUAUGGGGGACAAAUACUGCUUUGUUUUGUUUAUUUGAUGAAACUGAACAAAAUUCACUUUAUCAUUAAUAAUUGAUGUAUAAAGCUAUGAUUCAACGGAGAUAGAAAAUCUGUAUACAUUUGCUUAAUUCUGUAAAUUAGUACAUUUUGUGUAAAGUGAAGUGUUUUAUUUGACAUUGCAGAUUUUGAGCUAAACAGCCGAUGGCUGUUGCUGCAGAUGCACUCCCACAAUGAUCUGCCAGACAUUUGCGUUCUGUUGACUACAUGCCAACUUUGUUCCUGGCACAAUGUGUGUAUAUGUAUGUUUGUAUGUAUGUAUGUGUUUGCGUGAGCGCAUGAGUUAACGUAUGAAGAAAACCAUGUUUUCAGAAUGGACCUUGCGUUUUCUAACUACCAAAGACUUGCCUCAUACUCACAAGCCAACCAGGACCAUGUGUUACUUUCACAGGGAGAAGUUUGACCGCAAUAGUUUGGGAAAAUAGAAAAAAAAAAACGUGGGGUUUUGUUGCUCUAUUGUGUCCAGUGGGAUGGGUGUUCACAAUGAUGUACGGAUACAAAAUGCACACUGCAAUAAACCUUAUGUUUACACUA